AUGAAUUCGAGCUGUAGACGUUUCUUCUGGGGCAACAACAUUAAAGUUUCCCCUGUGGCCUGGAAAGACAUUUGCUUGCCUCAAAGUAUGGGAGGCCUUGGGGUCAGGUCUGCUGCUCUUUUCAACAAAGCGGCUUUAGCAAAACUAGGUUGGAUCUGCUUAACUGAUUCCUCCAAUUGGUGGGCUCAAAUUAUGGUGAAGAAGUACUUGAAGAAGGAGGGUUUUCUUGUGACUGCUAAAAAAACUUCACAUUCCUCGACUUGGAAAGCCAUCCUUGAGGCACGUUCUGUGCUUAACAAAGGUAUAAGGUGGAUUGUUGGUAAUGGGCAAUCCAUUCCUUUCUGGACUGCUAAUUGGAAUCAGACUUGGAAUUAUGACAAGCUUUCUCAACAAAAUUUUGAUGGCAUUGAGUGGCUGGCUUCGCUACCUUAUACCAAGGCUGCCGAUGGCCCAAAUGCUCUUUCCAAAGCUCUUCUUCUAUGCUGGCAGAUCUGGGAAGCCAGGAACAACUGCAUUUUUAAAGACAUCGAUCCACACCCAGUUAAAGUGCUAAAUGUGGCUGGUCGCAUUGGGCUAGAUUAUUGGAAAAUUAACUCUUGCCCUCCUAAAAAAUCUACUGGAAAGGUUAACAUCAAGUGGGAGCCACCGCCGCUGGACUGGGUUAAAGUGAAUUUUGAUGGUUCGGUGCGUGGGAAUCUGGCUGCUACUGGUUUUGUGAUUCGUGACUGGAAUGGUAAUGUUCGUUUAGCUGGGGCUAAAAACUCUGGUCAAGUUUCUAUUAUAGUCGCAGAGUGUUUGGCUCUUCGGGAUGGUCUAGCGCAUGCUAUUCAUAAGGGUUGGCGAAAGAUGCUUGUGGAAGGUGACUCAAAGCUUAUCAUUGAUUGUGUUAAUAAUCUGGUUUCGGUUCCCUGGAGCAUAAGUAUCCUUAUGCAUGACAUUCGGUUGCUCAAUUCUUAUUGCGAAGAGAUUUCUUUUAAGCACAUUUUUCGGGAGGCUAAUUUUACUGCUGAUGCUGUUGCUAGCUUAGGCCAUAGUCUUACUCUCUCCCGGUUGUGGGAUAGGGGUUUACCGUUAAGCUGUACUGUUCCUUUUUAUUUUGACUUGGUAGGGCCUGCGUGCCCGCGUGGUUUCCGGUUGUAA